AUGCCUCGUAACGAUAAUUCAUGGGUCUGGUGUGGAGUUUGUCUGAUCGUCAUAGCGGGUAUACUUACUCCUUCCAUCUAUGGCAUAGUGGUUACAUCUAAUUCGAUCAGUAAUUAUCCCGUAGGCGGCUCAGAAAAGUGGGAAACCUGCAAUGGUGGUUAUUACCUUCGCGUUUUCAUUAUUGGCGCCCUGGUUAGCUUUUGCUCGUGGGAUUUAGCGCCAAUAUUCCCGAUAGUUUGGGCUAUUAUGGGUCAUAAUUGGCUUUCUCGAGCAAGCGAUUGUGAAAUUAACGAUCCUGCGUUAUAUGAAGCGGCCCAUAAGUCUUGGAUUCUAAUUUGUGUUGGUUGUUUGAUGGGUCUUGCUAUCUGGAUUGGAGUUUGCGUAACCUUUUGUGGCAUUUGGAGCUGUACGAAAUGCUGUUCUCGUGACAAACUUUCAGCAUGA